CAUCUGACCAGCAGCACGUUUAUCUAUCUCGCCGGCUCAACACUCACCCGAGAAAUGAGGCAAGUCCUGAUUUUGAGAAACACCGCGGCAGGACACUGAAGAGCGGACGCCAGUUAAAGUCGAGAAAGGACGCUGUCUGCACGCACCCGCAGUUCAUCAUGAGGGAAAUCGUUCACAUCCAGGCUGGCCAGUGCGGAAAUCAGAUUGGGGCCAAGUUCUGGGAGGUGAUAAGUGACGAACAUGGCAUCGAUCCAACCGGUAGUUACCAAGGUGACAGUGAGCUGCAGUUGGAGAGGAUAAAUGUCUACUACAAUGAGGCAUCAGGCAGCAAAUUUGUGCCCCGAGCCAUUCUGGUGGACCUGGAACCAGGAACCAUGGAUUCAGUUCGCUCUGGUCCAUUUGGGCAGCUAUUCAGGCCUGACAACUUUGUUUUCGGUCAAAGUGGAGCAGGAAAUAACUGGGCUAAAGGUCACUACACCGAAGGAGCUGAGCUGGUGGACUCUGUGCUAGAUGUGGUGAGAAAGGAGUCCGAAAACUGCGACUGCCUUCAGGGCUUUCAGCUCACCCACUCCCUGGGUGGAGGCACAGGUUCAGGAAUGGGCACACUGCUCAUCAGCAAAAUCCGUGAGGAGUAUCCUGAUCGCAUUAUGAACACCUUCAGUGUCAUGCCUUCCCCGAAAGUGUCUGACACUGUGGUGGAGCCCUACAAUGCCACUCUCUCUGUACACCAGCUAGUGGAAAAUACAGAUGAGACCUUUAGCAUUGAUAACGAAGCUUUGUAUGAUAUCUGCUUCCGCACUUUAAAGCUAACCACACCCACCUAUGGAGAUCUUAACCACCUGGUAUCAGCCACCAUGAGUGGUGUGACAACGUGUCUCCGCUUCCCUGGACAGCUCAACGCUGACCUCCGUAAGCUAGCUGUCAACAUGGUGCCCUUCCCCCGCUUGCAUUUCUUCAUGCCGGGCUUUGCACCUCUGACAAGCAGGGGCAGUCAGCAGUAUCGUGCCCUCUCUGUGCCAGAGCUCACACAGCAAAUGUUCGAUGCCAAGAACAUGAUGGCAGCGUGUGACCCCCGUCACGGACGCUACCUCACCGUGGCAGCCAUCUUCCGUGGCCGUAUGUCAAUGAAAGAAGUGGAUGAGCAGAUGCUGAGCGUGCAAAACAAAAACAGCAGCUACUUUGUGGAAUGGAUUCCAAAUAAUGUCAAGACUGCUGUUUGCGACAUUCCGCCCCGUGGCCUCAAGAUGUCCGCCACCUUCAUUGGCAACAGCACCGCCAUCCAGGAGCUGUUCAGGAGGAUCUCAGAGCAGUUCACCGCCAUGUUCCGCCGCAAGGCUUUCCUCCACUGGUACACAGGGGAGGGAAUGGAUGAGAUGGAGUUCACUGAGGCCGAGAGCAACAUGAAUGACCUUGUGUCUGAGUAUCAGCAGUACCAGGAUGCCACCGCUGAUGAAAUGGGUGAAUACGAAGAAGAUGAAAUGGAGGAUGACGAAGAAGUCCGCCAUGAUGCUCACCACUGAUUCUAAAACACAACGAGCCAGUUCCUAAUAAUAACAGCUGUUGGAGUGCAAUGAGACCACAAGAUGUACGCUAGGGAUGCUGAUUUCAAUAAAUGUUGUGGUGUGCAGAUAAUGGUCAACUAUAGUUGUUUAGCCUAUAUUGCGCUGAAUAUAAAUAUAGCCUUUACUGACAACGACAGUGAAUGGUGUUAGAAUCUGAAGUUAUCCGAGUUAUGCUAUGUCAGUGUCAACAAGCAAGUACAGUUUUGUAACAAUAACGCAAACGUGCAUUCUUUUCCUCAUGUCUCUAAUAAAAGAU